CCCACAAAGGGAAACAACAAAUGUAACAUAUAUAUAUAAUAACUGUUCAACAGAGUUAUCUUCUUAAGAUUGAAAGAGAAACAGGAAGUUAAAAAUAAAUCCAGAAAACCCAAUACUCUAAUUGUUGUUAGCAACUGGGAAAUUUCUGAAGUGUUUUGUUUUGCUUUUUAAAUAUUGAACAUGUAGUGACUUCAUGAUCUUUAAUCUGCUGCGGAUAUAAACAAAAACAAUGUAUCAAGUACCAAAUUACACUGAGACUGUGUCAAUGAGAUUAUCAGAGGUUCUGGCUGAUAUAGGUGUUGAUGAGAGAAUUAUACUGAAGAGGAGAAGAGCAUGGCUUCUGAGAGAAUCAAUAGAAAAUAUACAUGACCAACUACUUUAUGGAAAUCUUAUUACAUACUAUUUUGGGAGUCAAUCAGAAGGCACAACUACAAUUGGAAUAAAUUCAGACAUGGACCAACUUGUUUGUAUCAAUGAACUCACUGUGAUACCAGACUGGAGUGACUGGAUACCUGGUGCACGUAAUCAUUUGAUGAUUCAAGAUAAUUCUGUAACUCCUGGAUAUUGUUUACUUCAACGUCUGAGAUCUGAUGCUCCGCUUCCUGCUGAUUGUGAAUCUGACCAAUUAUUCUUCAAAGACAGAUCAGGAAAAUUUCUUUUAAAAAAUUCUUUUGUUCGUUGCUGUGUUUAUGAAUUACAUGGGCCCGCACAAACACAACAAGGACAACAAGGCUACUGUGAUAAGGAUAUUGUAUUAGCUCUACAUUGUACAACAUGGCCACAACAAGCUAGAGAAUGGUUGGGUCAACAAGGUGAAGGUCAAUGGCCCUCUGCUGAAAUGAAACAAUAUUGCAGCAGAACUGGAUGCUUUGUUGUUCCUGUUGGAUUUAGUGGCAGUGAACAUGAGCAUCUUGAAUGGAGAAUUUCAACAUCUUUAGCAGAAAGGUGUUUAAUGUUCAACCUGAAUGUUACACAGAUUCGCUGUUAUGUAUUGAUGAAAAUUAUUUUAAAAACAUUUAUAAAUCCAUUGUUUAAAGAUGUUAUUUCAAGUUUCAUGUGUAAAACUGUACUCUUCCACUGUAUUUCCAAAACACAUUCUAACAUCUGGAGGGAAAAUAACAUACUAUCUUGUCUAUCAUUGUGUUUAUAUCUCCUGUACAACAGUAUCAUUAAUAAAAAUUGUCCACAUUUUAUCAUACCUGGGAAUAAUUUAAUGAGGGGGGAAAUUUCACGUGCAGUCGAAACAUAUAUCCUGGAAAUACUCAACAAUAUCAUCAACAGUGAAGGAGUGGCACUACUUGGGAUUACAUGUGAUGCUCUUGGUUUCAGGCUUUGUCUCAAGUUUUAUAACUUAUGUCCUUUCAAGACAAGUGACGAUAUUUCAGCAGCACUAUCAUUUAAUCUGGCUUUCAAAAUAUAUCUGGCACUGAUAGAAACUUAUAAUUUUCUUUACGACAGUAGUCCAAAAAAAGCUGUAGAAAUAUUAAAGAAAUAUGUAUCAAAGAUACUAAACUUUCAACAUAAAGAAGGAUUGCAUAAGACAGCCAGUCUUCUUCUGUUACCGUGGUAUUGUACAACACUAGGAUCUGUCCUGGCUUCACUAAACAUCUAUCAGUACUACACUGUAUCUGCAAAUGCCCUCCAUCUCAUCUCUUUUGGUCUGAAUACAGAUGUUGCAUCAAGUAAACUAAAAUUAGCUUCAAUCUUAUACUGUGCACAAGAAAUACAAAAAGCUGACCUAGUACUCACUGAAAUUGAAAGAACAUAUGAUCUUCAAAUUGUUGAGCCUUUCUGUGGUUGUAAUUUAUUAGAGAUGGAAUUACCAAGACAAGGAUACCUUGAAUUAUGUGACAAUCAUAAUGAAGAAGCCUUACAGUAUACAACAGCAUUCUGUGUUAGAUUUCUGCCAUGUGAAAUUCACUGUGUACCCUAUGAACUCAGAUAUGAAAUGUUUAGAUCAACACAAGAGGACAGAAUAUUUCGUACAGACAGAGACAACACAUGGAUGAAUUUGGCUGUGGUGGAUUCCCUCCCUUACCUCUACUUUUUACAAUACAAAGUUUACAACCAUUUAGGGAGACGUGACCAGAAACAAGCUGCUCUCUUCAAACUUAUCAGAAGCAUAAAAGAGGAACCAAGACUUAGACAUCGGGAAACAGCUCUAAAUCUUCUAGGAAAAUGUAUGGAACAAGAAGGUAGAGCUGGAGACGCUUUACAGUGUUUUUCAAUGUCACUUUAUGUAAGGGGUAGAAACAAUGCUGCAAAGAUUCAUAUGGCCAAACUCCUAUCUGUAUUGAUAAAUUCAAGGACAUAAAAGGUGACAAAAUGUGAAAGGAAAGAACAAUUUACAAUUUAAAUAAAUGAACAAACUUUAAUCUAUGGCCUUUCACAACUUUUUUUCCUAAAUAAUGUGAUUUGUGCUAUCCGUACCAGCAAUAUCAACUUUGAUUAUACCCUAAACAAAACAAUGACCUUUAACAUCAAAGUACUUUGAAAUGUGAAGUUUGGAGGCUGAAGGUGGAUGAACUUCCAGCAAUUCAGGAAGCAUAAUUUCUAUAAAGUAUUAGAGUAUUUGAAAACCAGGCCAGAGAGUGUGUCCAUAUCAUUACAUAGAAUUUGAGCUGCAUAUGAAUUUAGUCAAGUUUAGUCCAUGGAAAAAUUGUUUGAUUUGAAAUAAAACCUUAAUAAGUCUUAAAAACUUAAGUAUAAUAUAUUUUUCAGAUAUGACCACACAAUAUUACAGCAAAUAUUUCCUGUUUUCCUUGAUAAAUGGUUCCUUUAUCUUGUAUAAGUAACUGUUUCUGUACUGUAUCCUUGAUAAUGAGCAGCUGACCUUUAUUACUAUCCAACUCGACAUUAGUGUUACUAAAAUCCUUCAUGGUAGAUAACUCCUCCUCUCUAUCUUCAAGUUCCCUCUACAAGUUAUAUCAUUAGUUAUUACUUUUUUGCAAGUUUUAUAUAUAGGCAGGUCCUAUAUAAAUGGUUGUUUGUAUAUAUAAACUGAGCCCCAGACAAGGGCUAAAUUUCAAACAAACAUUUAUAUAAGGCAAUAAUAACUUACAGGAAUAUACAUUAUAUAACGAAAGGAAUAUUGAUAUCGAUAAUCAGGGCUAGAAAAUAGGUCAUAUCAUUUAAUUUGUACAUAUUUGAAUAUUAUUCCUUACCAGACCAAGUAUUGAAGUUUUAAUGAUGGCAUGCUGAUUCAGUUUUUAAAUAUUUCUGAAAACUUUUAAAUUCUCAAUAAGUUUAUACAGUCAACUAUACCAUGGUAUGUUGUAACUUCAAAUGAACGACAUCAAGUGUUCUUGUUGAUGAUGUAACUGAACUUUUAACUAUGUUUCUAUUGAACCAUCACUGCAUAUAUAGUUUGAUAUUUGUAGUAACUAUUUUUCAUUAUUUAAAAAAUGUUUUUAUAAAAAUGUGAAUUGUAAAUAUUAAACAAUAAAUAAAACAAUUUUAUAUC